AUGACUCUCUACUACAGCCUGGUGUUUGCCCUCCUGAUGGCGGAGAUGGCUAUCUUCAUGGGUCUCAUCAUCCCCAUGCCCUUCAAAAUGAAGCGCAAGAUGUACAAUUUCAUCUCCGAAUCACCCCUCAUAGCGAAGCUACAAUAUGGCAUGAAGAUCACCUUCAUCUUCAUCCUCAUCCUCUUCGUUGACUCAGUCAACCGCGUCUACCGCGUCCAAGUCGAGAUGUCUGCGCUCAUGAAGGACAGCAGUGGUGCAGGUCGCGCCGCCGCCAUCGGCUCCGAGCGCAUGGAAGUCCAAGCUCGCAAAUUCUACUCUCAGCGCAAUAUGUACCUGACCGGCUUCACCCUCUUCCUCUCCCUCAUCCUCAACCGCACCUACAUGAUGGUCCUCGACGUCCUGCGCCUCGAAGAGAAGAACCGCAUGUACGAGGGCGACCCAGCUGCCGAUCCCACCAAGAACAAGGACGCUAAGAAGCUUGACCCGGACUACCGUGCUGAUGCUAUCGCGCAGCUGAAGCGUGAAGUGGAGAAGAAAGACAAGGAGAUUGAGGGCAUCAAGAAACAGAGCGAGGGUCUCCGGAGAGAAUACGAUGAGCUCGCCGCAAAGUACAAUCAGACCAACCCUGGUGACAAGAAGGGGAACUAG